GUGGCCUCACACUUUGUUAAAUUCCCUGAAAGCAAAUGAAAAAUGAACACAACGAUGCUCUCUACCUACCCGAAACACUUCACUCCUCUUCCAGUACAACUUUUCUCCAAAUCUCAACAUCGCCAUGUAAUUCGUUUUCCCAUCAAAUGCAACAGCAGCAGCAGCAGUGAUAAUGGCAACGAAUCGCAACCAAACACGGUGGAGAUUCGAAUCAGAAGACGUCCGUCAAAACGACAAAGGCAGAAGGAAGAAGAAAUGAUAAAUGCAGGGAAACAAGCUGUUAAACCUAAACCUCCACCAAAGGAUUGGGAAUCAAUGAAUCUAACUGAGAAGGCAAUCGAAUUGUACGUCGGAGAAAAAGGACUUUUGUUCUGGCUAAACAAAUUUGCUUAUGCUUCUAUUUUUAUUAUAAUUGGGGGUUGGAUACUUUUUCGAUUUGUUGGUCCUGCAUUUGACCUUUACCAGUUGGAUACUCCUACUCCUCUUGCUCCUGAAUCUAUGUUUAAAGGUACAGGAGACAAACCUUGACCCACUGGAAAACUCAAGUUUCAGAAGAAAUUUUCGCUUUAAUUACUCCAAAUUUUUGUAACUUGAAAGUUAUUAGUACUACUAGAUUUAAGCAAAUAAACAUGUCAAUUGGAUACUAUAUAUAUUUGUGAAGUUCAACGAUGAUACUUGUAUAAGUUAUGCGAGAACAUAUGUAUAUAUUUGUAUAAGUAAAACAUGAAGCAAAUAUCCCCUUAAUACUAUUUGUUGAACUUGAAAUUGUCAACCUCUUUGAAUACCCAAUGACAUAAGAAAAUUUAA